UAAUGAUUCAGUUAAUCAACGAAGUUAAGAAAGUUUGUCCCAAAAUUUGAAAAAUGGCUACAAAUUAUUGGAAAAUUUAUGCCAACGAAAUCUGUCAACCAUGGCAACGUCGCCAAAAUUUGAAUAAAUAUUGCCGAGUUACUCUGCCACUCACUGUAGAAGAGUAUCAAGUGGCACAGCUCUUCAGUGUAGCAGAGGCCUCAAAAGACAAUACGGGAGGAGGAGAGGGUAUUGAGGUGCUAAAAAAUGAACCGUUCACCAACUACCCGCUGCUGGGGGGAAAGUACAACUCGGGCCAGUACACUUACAAAAUUUACCAUUUGGCCAGCAAGGUGCCAGCUUUUAUUAGAUUGCUGGCGCCCAAGGGCAGCUUGGAGAUACACGAGGAGGCCUGGAAUGCUUAUCCUUACUGUAGAACUGUUAUUACUAAUCCCGGGUAUAUGAAGGAUAACUUCGUGAUCUGCAUCGAGAGUAUGCAUAUUGCAGACACUGGGAAACAGGACAAUGUCCACGAGCUUCCGGCAGACAAAUUGAAAAUGCGAGAAGUCGUCCAGAUCGACAUCGCGAACGAUCCGGUCUCGCAAGCGGACUACAAACCGGACGAGGAUCCCGCCAAGUUUAAGUCCGAAAAAACCGGAAGGGGACCGUUGGUCGGACCCGACUGGAAGGAAAAAGUCACUCCGGUCAUGACCUGUUAUAAGCUAGUCACUGUCGAGUUUAAGUGGUUCGGGUUACAGACUCGCGUAGAAAGUUUUAUUCAAAAGUGUGAGAGGCGGCUAUUUACAAAUUUCCAUAGACAAGUAUUUUGUUGGAUGGACCGCUGGUACGGACUGACGAUGGACGACAUCCGACGAAUCGAAGAUAAAACGAAAGAAGAACUGGAGGCCCUAAGGAAGACGGGGGAGGCACGCGGCAUGAAGGCAGAGUCCGAUUAAUUUAAUUUAAAAUAGCCAAAAACUAAAUAAAAUAAAAAAUAAUUAUACGAAAACCGUGAAAAAAAGAACACCCGAGAGAGGAUCUUAUAAUAGAAACGUUUAAUCAGUUUAAACAAAUUUACCAAGAAAAAUUAGUUUUUAGGGGUGGGGGCGCGGCUCGCGCUUCAUCUUAUUAUUUUUUAAGGAUACACUUAUUUUUUAUAUGUUUAUUUGGAGACUUUUUAUUCUUCGCGAUAUAAAACAAACAACAAAAAAAAAGGGUUUUAUGCAUUUAUAUUUAAGAUUAUUUACUGUUUGUCCGAAAUUAAUAUUUUUUUUUUAUUUAUCGAUAUAAUUGUUAUACGGUGUGAAGAUUUACUACUUUUAAUUCUAAGUUACCAAGAAUGUCGUUUUUCCAGGAUAUGAACGUCAAAGCGGAAUUAUUCGGUCCAGAACUUAAAUAAUGAGAGAAAAGGGCGGAAAUCGUGUCGAAACGUUCAAAUUUUCGUUGCCAUCCCUGUUCUGUUAAGAAACCAUUUUUCUUUCUUUUUUUUUAUUGUAAAACUUAUAUUUUAAAUAAUAAAUUGUUUGUUUUUUUAGUAGA